ACACCUCGACCCACAGCCCAGAGCUUGAAUAACAGUAGAACGAAAAUGGACGGAGUGGGUUCAUUUGGCGCUGGAAGAGCCGGGUCUGCAUUCGACCCCAUUGCCUUUAUUCAACAGCCGCAGACCAUCCUCAGAAUAUUAUCGUGGAUCUUCUCGAUAGUGGUCUUUGGAUCCAUAAUAAACGAAGGCUAUGUCAACCAUGGUAGUGAGAGGCUCUAUUGUGUUUUCAACAAGAACAACAAUGCCUGUAACUAUGGAACCACCAUUGGGCUUAUAGCCUUUUUAGCCUGCAUUUUCUUCCUUAUCCUUGAUGUGAAAUUCCAACAAAUCAGCAGUAUUAAAGAUAGGAAGAAGGCAGUGAUGCUGGACAUUGGAUUCUCAGGUUUCUGGGCAUUUUUGUGGUUUGUUGGUUUCUGCUUCUUGGUCAACCAAUGGCAACGCACCACCCCAUAUGAGCUGCCCUUAAAUCAGGGAGCAGAUGCUGCCAGAGCUGCCAUAACCUUCUCCUUCUUCUCCAUCUUCACCUGGGCUGGCUUGACUGUAAGAGCUGUGCAGAAGUACAUGCUAGGAACCGACAUGUCCCUCUUCACCAAAGAGCACCUCGAUGGCAACCCACCCGUCCAGCCCUACCCCACCAGCCCAAACACUGAGCUAACUGACACAUACCAGAGCCCACCCUUCACUGAAAACCUGGACUCCACCGCCCCAAACUACCAGGUGCCAAUUUACUAAAGAGGUGCCCAACAGAGUUUGUGUGCAAUGUCAUCGUUCUGUCAGAAUCAGUGUGGGUGGGUGGCACUGACCUUCAAACUGAAGAGGUGUGACAAUGUUAAUAGGUAGUAGUAGUGUUCAGUGAACUUCUGUACAAGAUUAUGUUGAUUGUGAUUUCACUUUUAUUUGGAAUAUUACAUGUUAAUUUACCAGGUGGAAUGAAACCGAUUGAGGGGUAUCAGUUUCAGUGUUGUGUAAAAAUGAAAAAGAAACACGUUAUAUAGCAUGUGUUAUAUAUAGAGAGCUAUGAAAUGUCAUGCAUCACAAACAAUAACUUAAAUAUUCAGUUUCCAUUAUGCCAUUGGGUAAUAAAGUGCAAUAUCUAAAACAUGGAAAGGCAGUCCAUAAUACAUUUAAAUGUUCUCCAACUAAAAGCUGCCAAAAUUGUCUGCCUAAGAGAGGGGUGAGCUGUAGAUAAGGAUGUCUUAUUUAUCAAAGGUUAUUUCAGUGUAAAAAAAAAAAAAGAUAAACGUGGAUGUGGAUUCAGUGUUUGAUUUAGUGGAGGCACUAAACGUGUUUUGCCUAUACAUCAAAACUGCAUAAAUAUUUUUUUUGGGGUGGAUUUUUGUAGGGUAGGAUCCAUAAUAUUUCUGACAAUAUCAAACUAUAAAGGUUAAAUGUAUCCCACAAAUUUGUUUUUAAAUAAUAAUUGGAACAACAUAGAAAACAAAAUAAUGACUUUUAUUUUCUAAAUACAAUUUUUAAAGACCAGUGUUGGGUGUAAUCCAAUUACAAAGU